AUGGGUGGUCCAAUUAGGCAGAGAAAGGUUGCCAUCGUCGGUAGCCGCGCUGUUGGCAAAUCUUCCCUCACCGUCCGUUUCGUCGAAGGAACCUUCGUUGAAAACUACUACCCCACCAUCGAGAGCACGUUUAGUCGUGUCAUCACAUAUAAAGGACAGGAUUAUACAACCGAAAUUGUCGAUACCGCCGGCCAAGACGAGUAUAGUCUUUUGAACUCGAAACACUUCAUUGGUAUCCAUGGAUAUGUGAUUGUUUAUUCCGUUGCAUCUCGUCAGUCCUUCGAUAUGGUCAGGGUCAUCCGCGAUAAAAUUCUCAAUCAUCUGGGUGCUGAAUGGGUCCCUCUUGUUUUGGUUGGAAACAAAUGCGACCUCCAGCCAGAAAUGCGCCAGAUUAGCGUCGAAGAAGGCAAAAAGACUGCAGCCGAGUUCAACUGUGCUUGGACCGAAACCAGUGCCCGCAAUGACCUGAAUGUCGCCAGCUGCUUUGAACUGGUUAUUGCUGAGAUUGAGAAAUCACAGAACCCAAACCAGCCCACCGGUGGUAGUAAGUGUGUUCUCAUGUAG